AUGGACUUGAACAAGGACAGAACCAACGACGUCGCCAUCCGAACUCUCAACUCUCUCGACGACUUUUGGAACAUAUUGCUCCCUCCCAGUCUGCACCCAGGACCGCCUAUUGAACCUCCUUCCAUAGUCGAUGCCCGAGAGGAUGGCUAUCUUCCACAUGAAUGGCUGGGGGAAAUUAUCGAGGAUGCGGAUCCCCGGGUAUACAAUGAUUGGCUUGAACGAGACGUGCAGGAAGCUGUCGUUGCCGCCGGACCUCUGCUUAAGCCGUACGACUACCAUUUCGAUGUCAUGGAAAUUAUAACCUUCUAUGCUGUCACUUUGGCCCGCCUGUACCAGGCGCCGCAAACUAUUCCCAAGGGGGAAAUGGACACAGUCUCCGACGACAACGUUACCACACGCCAACCGAACUUCGAAAUGUUCUGGAAGGGAAUGAAAGAGAUUUUGGAACCUUACCUCAAUGAGGAACGUGUGGGACCAAUGAACACGUACGACGAACGUCGCACAGUCCAUUUUGGAAACUCGGGCCAGUGA